UGGGCCACACUUAAGCACCUUCGGGCCAGAGCAAGGGAGGAAGGUGGAAAAUAGUCCCAGCUGCGGCUGACCCUCUCGGACCCGGACCGAGACUCAACCUGCACCCAACCCAACCCCCUUCAGCCCUAGACAGCGCCAUGCAAGGUGCAAGCGUGACUCUGUGGCUCCUCCUGACCCUGCGCGCUGUGCUCAGUGAGUUGGAGGUGCGCUGGUGCACCACCUCAGACCCGGAGCAGCAGAAAUGCAACGACAUGAGCAAAGCCUUCCAGGAAGCUGGCAUCCAGCCCGCCCUCCUCUGCGUCCAGGGCAGCUCCACUGACCACUGCGUCCAGCUCAUCACGACCAGAGAAGCCGAUGCCAUCACUCUGGAUGGAGGAGCCAUAUAUGAGGCAGGAAAGGAGCAUGGCCUGAAGCCUGUGGUGGGCGAAGUCUAUGAUCAAGAGGUGGGCAUCUCCUAUUAUGCCGUAGCUGUGGUCAAGAGUGGCGUCCAUUUGACCGUCAACAACCUGAAAGGUGUCAAGUCCUGCCACACGGGCAUAAACCGGACGGUAGGCUGGAACGUGCCUGUGGGCUACCUGGUGGACAGCGGGCGGCUCUCGGUGAUGGGCUGUGACGUGCUCAAAGCGGUUAGUGACUAUUUUGGGGGUAGUUGUGUCCCUGGAGUCGGUGAGACCAGUUACGCUGAGUCCCUCUGUCGCCUCUGCCGGGGUAACACUGCUGGAGAGGGGGUGUGUGACAAGAGCCCCCUGGAACGAUACUAUGACUACAGUGGAGCCUUCAGGUGCCUAGCGGAAGGGGCAGGGGAUGUGGCCUUUGUGAAGCACAGCACAGUACUGGAGAACACUGAUGGGAAAACCUUGCCCUCUUGGGGCCAGGAGCUGCUGUCACGAGACUUCGAGCUGCUGUGCCGGGAUGGCAGCCGGGCUCCGGUCACCGAGUGGAGACGAUGCCACCUGGCCCGGGUGCCUGCUCAUGCCGUGGUGGUCCGGGCAGACACAGAGGGGGGGCUCAUCUUCCGGCUGCUCAAUGAAGGCCAGCGUCUAUUCAGCCAUGAGGGCAGCAGCUUCCAGAUGUUCAGCUCGGAGGCUUAUGGUCAAAAGAACCUGAUGUUCAAAGACGCCACCUCAGAGUUGGUGCCCAUCGCCACACAGACCUAUGAGGCGUGGCUGGGUCAGGAGUACCUGCAUGCCAUGAAGGGCCUCCUCUGUGACCCCAACCGGCUGCCCCACUACCUGCGCUGGUGUGUGCUCUCCACCCCGGAGAUCCAGAAGUGUGGAGACAUGGCUGUGGCCUUCAGUCGGCAGAGGCUCAAGCCAGAGAUACAGUGUGUGUCAGCUGAGUCCCCACAGCACUGCAUGGAACAGAUCCAGGCUGGCCAAAUUGACAUGGUGACACUGAGGGGCGAGGACACUUACAAGGCGGGGAAGACCUACGGCCUGGUUCCAGCAGCUGGAGAGCACUAUGCCCAGGAGGACAGACGUAACUCAUACUUUGUGGUGGCUGUGGUGAAGCGGAACAGCUCCUACUCCUUCACCCUGGACGAGCUUCGGGGCAAGCGCUCCUGCCACUCAGCCUUCGGCAGCCCCUCUGGCUGGGACAUCCCUGUGGGCACCCUAGUGAAGAAGGGUUUCAUCCUACCCAAGAACUGCGACAUCCUCACAGCGGUGAGUGAAUUCUUCAGUGCCAGCUGCGUGCCUGUGAACAACCCCAAGGACUAUCCAUCCUCGCUGUGUGAACUCUGCGUGGGGGACGAGUGGGGCCGCAACAAGUGUGUGGGCAACGGCCAGGAGAGGUACUUCGGUGACAGCGGUGCCUUCAGGUGCCUCGUGGAGAAUGCGGGGGAUGUGGCCUUUGUCAAGCACACAACCGUCUUCGACAACACCAAUGGCCACAAUUCUGAGCCCUGGGCAGCGAAGCUGAGUUCAGGGGACUAUGAGCUGCUGUGUCUUAAUGGGGCACGGGCUGAGGUAGACCAGUUCUCCAACUGCAACCUGGCACAGAUCCCAGCCCACGCUGUGAUGGUUCGGCCAGACACCAAUAUCUUUACUGUGUAUGGACUACUGGACAAAGCCCAGGACCUGUUUGGAGAUGACCACAAUAAGAAUGGGUUCAAAAUGUUCGACUCAUCCAAUUAUCAUGGCCAAGACCUGCUUUUCAAGGAUGCUACUCUCCGUGUGGUGCCAGUGGGGGAGAAGACCUCGUACCUUGACUGGCUGGGCCUCGACUACGUGGCGGCUCUGGAAGGGAUGCUAUCUCAGCAGUGCUCAGACGCAGCCGUCACUGCCUCCAGAGUCUCCCUGCUCCUGCUGCUGCUGCUCUCCCUUUCAGCCCAUCUCCUCCAGCCCACCCUCUGAAGCAGCUCUGGGCAGCCUCACCCUCCCUUGGAAUGGAAACCUACUCAGAAAACUCUAUAAAGAAGGUUGUUCUCUUGAGUCAAUCUGGUUCGCACGCACGGCUGGGAGAGAAACGUGUUAUGGGAGAGGGAAUGUGAGAAACCAUGAGCUCCUCAGAGCUGUGAGACCAACGCUGGAGAGAAGUUGCUGUGAUUUCUUCAAACUGGAAUAAAGAUGAAUGUUAAAGAAAAGCCCCCACACACACACACACACACACCCCGCCUCCACCUCGAGUUGGAUGUGAGCAGGUCUCUCCUGCUGGAAGUCAGCCUCUGCCUCCCAGGCACCACCUGUCCCUCUGCUACCUGAGGCAGCACUGACAGCCUCCCAGUCACACCCCACCCACAGGCUGGCACGGCCACUUCCCUGCAAAUCUGCAGGCUCCCACCACAUGAAGCCUCACCGUGCUUGGGUUUGGAAAAGGCCAGUUACCAAGGAAGCAGGCUGCUGAAGCUUGCCCUUGUGAGCUGGUGCAGGAUUGGGGGGAGUGAGAUGACAGGACCCACCAGCCCCUCCCCUGUGCUGCCCCCUGCCCCCUGCCCCCUGGAUAAUGGGCAGUGCACUGGUCCACUUCCCAUCAGCCCCCACGCUGUCUCUCCUCUGGCCUCACAUUUCAGCUGCCCUCCUGAGGACACUGUCUGUCCACUCAGACAUCACCAGACGUGGCCAGGCCCUCCAAAGAGGUGAAGCUGCUGGACAUAGGCAGCUUUCUUUCCUUGUCUUCUGUGGCUUGGCAUAGGCCUGGCUAUGGAUGCCUGGCAUUGCUGGGCUGGGGAGGGGAGAAAGCCAGGCUGACUGUAGGAAUAAAACCCUCCAACAGUCCUCAGACCAAAGGAGUGUUCCUCUAUAAGAACCUUAAGGUGGGGCCGCAGAUGUGGGGUCGAGGUUUACAGUGUUGUCUAAACAGCUGUCUGGUGUAUGACAAACUGGUCUUAAGCCUGGGCAUGGUCUGUGGACACUGCCUUUCAGUGAAUGGAGCUACACCAGAUAAGCCUGGGGGUAAAGCCUCAUCACUGGGAAGCCCUGCUCCUGAGUCUCUUCCUCUUAGGUGCCACCUAAGAUUAUAUCCUCCUACCCCAGUGUGAAACCCGUCACCCCUCAGCUUCUGCACAUACACAGGUUCACUGCAGGGCUUAGUAGGGGGUUGGAGGUUUUGCCCAGGAAAAUACAGGCUUGGCUUAGGAGAUGGCCAAGCCUCAUAAGAUCCAGGAACGGGAAGAUGCCAUUCUUUGUGUCACAGAGGCCGUCUGCUCACGUUGGGUACUGAAGAGUCCUCUGUGUCUGCACAGCACGGGCAAGAGGUCUUCUCCAAUCCUGCCAGGACUGGGUCCGAGGAGAUCACUGACUCCAGAGGAAGUUUUUCCUUCCCAUCCCCACCAGGAAGUGCCUUGGAAAUGGUCUUCUCCCUUCUCGCUUCAUUUUCACUGUGAUUGUCUGAGGAACCAGAAAAAGUUUCCAGAACUGCCAGCUCUUGCUCUGAAUCUGCUCCCCAAGAAAAGUGAAAGAGAAAGCGAAGAAGCAGGAACAAGCCACCCUCCUCAGCAGCCUGGGAGCCGCGUGGGUCUGGAGCUAUUUGCAUCCCAGUCUGCGGGGGCCUUGGGGACACUGAUGACAGGCCAGUUCCCAGUGCUUCGCCCCCCACCUGUGGGCGUUGGGACAGAUCACUUCCAUCUCUCAGCCGCUAAGGGGGCCAUGAUGGCAUCCUGGUCACACUCCCUCCUGAGGAGAGAACCACCUGGCAGACCUCCCCGCCCCCUGCAGUGAGGGGCCAGAAGGAGCUUUGAACCCUCUUCUCCCAAUGGAAUGAGUGAUUCUUCUCUGGACUACUAACUGAUUCUUAUUUUUAAGAGUGAGAAGUGUAUCUCUGUGUGACUGCCUGGUCACUGUGCCACACAGGGUCUGACACCUGUCCUGUGAGCCACUGGAAGGUGUGACUGGUGUGAGUGCUAUGUGACUUUUGAUUGUCAGGUGACAGACAGCAGGAGGCCACUGCUGUGUGAGUGCUAAUUGAGAUGUUGAUUUGUUUUUUAAAAAUAAAGCCAAAUAACCCCACACCCA